CUGCCCGGGUGCAGCUGGCUCCUCCUCAGUGCCUCAUGGGGCUCCUGAGCGCAGGGGCCGAGGUCUCCAUCAGCCCCGAGCCYGCCCAGCCGGCCGAGGGGGACAACGUGACUCUGGUGGUCCGCGGGCUUUCGGGKGACGUGCUGGCCCACAGCUGGUACGCGGGGCCCACGCUCAGCCUGAGCUACCUGGUGGCCAGCUACAUCGUGAGCACAGGCGACGAGACCCCGGGGCCGUCCCACACGGGGCGGGAGGCCGUGCGCCCCGACGGCAGCCUGGCCAUCUGGGGYGUCCUGCCGCGGCACUCGGGGACCUACAUCCUGCAGACCCUGAACCGGCAGCUGCAGACCGAGGUGGGCUACGGACACGUGCAGGUCUAUGAGAUCCUGGCCCCGCCCGUGGUCACCGCCAACGACACGGCGCUGGUGGAGCACAGGGACACCCUGCGCCUGGCCUGCAGCAGCCCCAGCGCCGCCGAGGCCCGCUGGUUCUUCAACGGGGACACCCUGCCCGUCGCCGUCCGCCUCGGCCUGUCCCCUGAUGGCCGGGUGCUGACCCGGCCUGGCGUCCGCAGGGAGGAGGCGGGGGCCUACCAGUGUGAGGUGUGGAACCCCGUCAGCGCCAGCCGCAGUGAGCCCCUCAACCUGACGGUGUACUUUGGCCCCGAGCGUGUGGCCAUCCUCCAGGACUCCACCACCCGCACGGGCUGCACCAUCAGGCUGGACUUCAACACCUCGCUCACCCUGCGCUGCGUGGCCCGGUCCUGUCCAGAGCCCGAGUACGUGUGGGCCUUCAACGGGCGGGCCCUGCAGGAGGGCCCGGACCACCUUGACAUCAGCGCCAUGACSUCGGCCCAGGAGGGCACGUACACGUGCAUUGCCAAGAACCCCAAGACCCUGCUGUCCGGCUCCGCCUCCGUGGUGGUCAGGCUCUCCGCGGCGGCAGUCACCAUGAUGAUUGUGCCUGUGCCCGCCACGCCGACGGAGGGCCAGGACGUGACCCUGACGGUGCAAGGCUACCCCAAGGACCUGCUGGUGUACGCCUGGUACCGCGGGCCCGCCUCCGAGCCCAACCGGCUGCUCAGCCAGCUGCCCUCGGGGAACUGGAUCGCGGGGCCRGCGCACAGCGGCCGCGAGGUGGGCUUCGCCAACUGCUCGCUGCUGGUGCAGAAGCUGAACCUGACGGACGCCGGCCGCUACAUGCUCAAGACCGUCACGCUGCAGGGCAAGACGGACACGCUGGAAGUGGAGCUGCAGGUGGCCCGUGAGUGCGGGGGCGGGGGGCGCACGCGGGGCCAGAACCGCCUUGGCCUCCCCCCAAGGCUGGGAAACCCUCCCGAGGACCAGGACUCCUCCAUCUGA